GCAAUAGGAUUCCAGUAGUCCUGUUCAGCGAUUCCUCCCCAAAGUAUUGGUCCUUAGAGAAGCAAAGGCCGAGGCAGCAGCAGCAGUAUCCGCAGAAAAGGAGGCAACUUUUGCAGUGCAGAGCAAAUAUUUAAAGUGCCCAACUGAAGGCUCUGCUGUAAAGGACGGUAACUCAUUUUGGCGCGCCAAGCGAAGAUAUCCGGCUAUAUCCUGCAUCCUGCCAGGUAGAUUGAAAAGCGCGAGGAAAGGGGCUUGAGGCAAGGAACCGCUUUUGAACAUCAGCUUUAAGCUAUCACAACUGCCCGAAAGAACAGAAGCUCAUCGACACCACCGAUCAGGAAAUCGCUGCCACAGAACCACCGCCCACUAGCACCACCUGUCCCAGCUGCCAGUAACACCUCCCUCCACCACCCACCACCCAACGCACACAAGCCACCAGCGCCCGCUAGAUGGAUCUGAAGCACAGUGCGGGUGGAGCUGGCGAUAACAGCGAGACCUUCAUAGCCACCAGCAAGUCCACAGACAUGAUCACGCCCAAGGAGAAGGAGGGCAAGGGGGUCAAGGCGGUGGGUGGGCCAAACCCUCCAGCCGAAGGCUACAAAGUAUACGCCCGACGCUGGGCGGUGCUCAUCCUCUUUGUGUUCUACUCAUCCUCGAAUGCCAUGCAGUGGAUACAAUACACCAUCAUCAACAACAUAAUAACCCGCUACUACGGCAUCAGCGACAAGUGGGUGGACUGGACGUCCAUGAUUUAUAUGAUCCUGUACAUACCGCUCAUUUUCCCCGGCAGUUGGUUUUUGGACAAAGUGGGUCUUCGCAUCACCGCCCUGGUUGGAAUCGUGGGCACUUGUGUGGGGGCCUGGAUCAAGGUGUUCUCGGUGGACCCGUCGCUCUUCUAUGUGAGCUUCAUCGGCCAGUCGAUCGUGGCCUUGGCCCAGGUGUGCAUCCUGUCGCUGCCCGCGCGAUUGGCUGCCGUGUGGUUUGGUCCGGACCAGGUGUCCUCGGCCACCAGCGUGGGAGUCUUUGGCAACCAGUUGGGCGUGGCCGUGGGCUUCGUGCUGCCUCCUAUGCUGGUGCCCAACUCACCGGAUCUCGAGACGGUGGGCAGUGAUCUGCAGAUGAUGUUCUAUAUGGUGGCCGGACUCACCUCCAUCCUGCUCGUCCUAAUGGUGAUAUUUUUCCAGGACAAGCCACCCACUCCGCCAUCCGCCGCACAGGAGGCAGCCCAACUCUUGGAGAGUUCCGGAGCGGAGCAAGUCAGCUUCAUGCAGUCGCUGAAGAACCUGAUGACCAACCGAAACUUCAUCUUCCUGCUCCUCUCCUACGGCAUCAAUGUGGGCGUCUUUUACGCCAUUUCCACGCUCCUGAAUCCGGUGGUGCUGAAGUAUUAUCCCGGCCACGAGGUGGACGCCGGACGUAUUGGCCUUAGCAUUGUGCUAGCCGGGAUGCUGGGCUCCGUGGUAUCGGGCAUUGUGCUGGAUAAAACGCACAAGUUCAAGGAAACGACGCUGGCGGUCUACGCGCUAUCAAUGGUGGGCAUGUGGAUCUUCACCUUCACCUUGGACACAGGGCACAUAGCGGUGGUCUAUCUGACGGCAUCGCUCCUCGGCUUCUUUAUGACUGGUUACCUGCCUGUGGGCUUUGAAUUCGGAGCCGAGCUGACCUUCCCGGAGCCGGAGGGCACCUCCUCCGGACUGCUCAACGCCUCUGCCCAAACCUUCGGCAUAUGCUUCACGCUCUUCUACUCGGAGCUGUUCACCACGUUUGGCGACAUAGCCGCCAACAUAACCAUGGCCGUAAUGCUGAUCGUGGGCACGAUAAUCACGGCCAUCACCCAGUCGGAUCUGCGGCGCCAGAACGCCCAGGUGCCGGCGGCCAGCGGCGCUGGAAACCCAUAGGAAACUUAGGCCGAUACGGCGACAGUCUUUUAUGUAUAGUAUUCUACGCAUAUCGUUUUACUGAUUAAUUUAUUUGAUUGUUUACGUUUACUGUACAUUCCGUUGUAGUCUUAAGUGUUGAAUUUUAAAAUGUUCAUUAAAGGUGCAUAGCAACAUAGACACGAACAAGAACAAGAACACGACACGCACACACGCACAUACCAAAUAUGAGUAAGCUUAGGCAGUUAUUUUUUCAAUUUUAUAUUGGCCACCGAUUACGGUUUAGUGCUUAGGUUAGAUGAAUCUAAAUUCAGCAGCCCCGAAACUUGCAUCGAAAUUGAGCUUUAUCUUUGUGUUGCCACUGCACCACCAACCACCAACCACAGCCAAGCCACACAGUACAGACAAGUGUUACAUAUAUGGAAAUAUGCCCAGUAUUAUACCCCUAAUAUUCUAGCGAACGUUGACAGUUUUAUUGCUAAACGGAGUAUCCAAAGCAGUUUGAGGCGGUGUAUCCGAAUCCAGCGAAUGCAUUACCGAACAGUAGCUGCUCUCGUCUUCGAUUGUUCCCUCCUUCCGCCACAGAGUGUGUACAUAAUACAUAAUAUGCAUAAUUGUAUUCCGAACCCGAUCCACCGAGGGCGCUGCUACUGUUGUACAAAGCACAAGUAUAUCCUGCAUAUCUGGCAAACUGUAAUAUUUUGGAGGAUUUACAACAAACAGCAGAUUCAAGUCAAAAUAUAUAUACAUACCUAUACGAAAUAUAUAUAGAAUAUCUAUACAUUUGAUAGCGUUGUGAACUAGAGGAAACCCACACUAAACACUCCGCCGACGGCAAUGCGUAAUCCACUUUUGUAGAUAGCCUUUAGGCCGACGGCCAAGUGACAAACGUAAGGAAGUUAUGAAGUUAUCUUCGACUUAAAGUCAAUUCAGAUGGCCAAGGAGCAGACACACUGAACUACCUGACAUGAACCACCUACACAGUACAGAAAACCGCGCGAGACGUUUAUCUCAAACGGAUCGGAUGCGGAACCACCUGGUGCCGAAGCCGAGAUAAGCACUAGAACAACCGGCGUCGUGAUAACACGCUAGCUUUAACUCUCACUUGUUGUUAGAUUCCGAAUGGUCAGAGAUAGAAAGAUAGUUAACACGCGGAAGCCACGUAGCGAUUUCUUCAUAACCAAGAGUUCUUGCAAAUCGAUAUAUGUGAAUGUAAAUGUGUACGUGUAUAAAAGUAUUCAAUAAAAUAUUAAAUAAUCAGUGUCUAA